CAUUGUCACAUUUUGUCUCCACAAUCCACAGGAUUAUUCAAUAAAGCCAUUAUGCAAAGUGGAUGUAUGUUUAAUCCAUGGGCUUUGAAUCACAAACAUAUAGAAUCAGCUUAUAAGUUGGCCAAAAAUUUGGGUUGUGAAGAAUAUGACCCUAAAGUAGUUGUUCAAUACUUACUCAAUAUAUCAGCCAUUGAUAUUGUCAAAUCGAUUACUAUUGAUGCAAAGACAAAUCCAAAUUAUGAUUUUGUYCCAUCUGUUGAAAAUGAAAUGGUUAGUGAGAAAUUUUUACCUGCUCAUCCUGACAUUUUAKUAAAAACUGCAUCAACAGUACCUAUAAUAAUUGGAAUCAACAACAUGGAAGGACUGUUAGCUUUUGGAGAUCGUAAAAUCAUGAAAAUUAUAAACAAUACUGAUGAAAUCCACAAAUUGUUUAAAAGUCAAUAUGGCUAUACUAAAGAAAUUGUGAACCUUAUAAAGAACUUUUAUUUCAAUGAACGGAACACAGAAAGUGGAUCCACUAAAUUGGAAAAUAUAUGUCAU